UGUUUUGAUUGUAGCAACGCUGAAAGGUUGAAAUUAGCCAGCUAGCUGCCAAAUUAAUGUCCGCAGAUUAGGUUUCCUUCACAUAUUUACCCGCAAUAGGAACAAAGACCCUAUUAUAAUUGCCCUUCACAUGACUCUCUACACGUGUCGGCAUGGACAACCGCUGCUUUUGUUGUGCUUCAAAGUUCAGCCUCUUCAAGAAGGAGCUGGGCUGUAAGAGCUGCGGUCAUUCCUUCUGCUCCAGUUGUUUGACUUUCAGUGCUGUGGUGCCUCGCUGUGGCAACACCCAACAAAAGGUCUGCAAACAGUGCCAUGGCAAUCUGACAAGUGGGGAGUCCCAAAACAAUGCUGGGAAAUGGUCCCCUCCCGAAAAUUACAAAAAACGGGUUGCUGCACUUGAGGCCAAACAGCAGGGACAGUCGACACAACCUCUUGCACAUGGAGGCAGUAGAAACAGCAAAGCAGGCCAUUUACCAACCAAAGGCCUCAGUAAAGAAGAUCAGGCUAUUGCUGAAAGACUCCAAAAGCUCAAAGAGGACACUACACUGAAGUCUAUCCCCUCUGAAAAAGAGCUUGAGUCUCGCCUUGCUGCUCUGAAAGCUCCCAGCCGGCCAGUGCCUUCUGCGGAGGAGAUGGAGGACCGUCUGGCAGCUCUGCGGGGUCAGCCUCCACCAUCUCAAGCCCCUCCAGCUGUGCACCGGCCUCCAGAUAACAGGACUCAGAUUGAACAGGCCAAUGAUCUGCUCAGUCAGAUGACAGAGGAAGUUGCCAUCGACAACCAGCACUCAAAUCCUGAAUGCAAUGUCGACAGCCGUAUGAACGAUCUCAACAAGGGGGAGGGGGGAGUACUGGAUGAGAACUUGGAGGAAAACCAGGAUGCAGCUAAACAGCUGGAGGUUGAGAAGGCUCAUCUGCUGGAGGAGGCCAUGGAGGAGCUGAGGAAGGAGCGGCAUUCCCAGGAUCAGAUCCUCCACAUGGCCAAGAGGUUGGCCGAGCUGAAGGGCCAGGACCCAGACAAAGUUACUAUGGAGGACUUCCAGCAUCCUGAUAGUGAGGAGGAGACUGAGGAAGAAGCUGUGAGGAGAGUGUUAAAACAGCUGUCAGAGGAGACUGCCCUGGAUGAGGCCAGUGGCUACAACAUACCUUUAGAACAGAGUGGACCUAGAAACACAGAGAAGAAAAAAACUUCAAAGAAACUGACACAGGCUCCAGCACCCAAUAGCAGGAUUUCAUCCGCUGCUGUGGCACAUCAGCCGUCAGACAGUGAUGAAGAUGAACUUCCGUGGUGCUGCAUCUGCAACCAAGACGCCACACUUCGCUGUCACACCUGUGAUGGAGACCUCUACUGCAACCGCUGCUUCAGGGAAGGCCAUGAUAAAUAUGACAGGAUGGAGCAUCGCACCACUAACUACACUGCGCCAAAGAAGAAGAGAAAGACAUGAUAGACUGAGCUGUAGGUGUCUGCCUUAUCAGGCUCUUGUCAGUCAUCACCCUUAGACUUGUGCUUUAGCCUUAAGUGACCUAUUAUUGUUGAAAAAAUGAGAAAAAAAUGGUCUCAGAAGAUGUAAACACUACCUAUUAUCUAAAGCAAUCAAGAGCUCCUCAUUUUAACCUCUAACUUAUCGUAUCUAAUCCAUCCAUAGUGACUUAUAAACAUGUGUCUCUGUAGAUGAGAAGAAGAGCAGCGUCUGUUUUCUGUAACUGCAAACACUGACCGAGAUGAACAGAAUAAACAAAAAACAAGGGGUAACAUUUAUGGCAAAGACUAGACAUAGACUUCAAUGUAAAUGCGAUACAAUACACAUAUAUACUGUAUAUAAUAAGUGGGACAUAGCCCUUAUUUUUUUCUGUAGCGUAUAAAAAUAGAUGUGAUUUGAAUCAGAGGCUGCUAGACAGUGUUGGUAUUUUAACUACAGCUUCUGCUCACGGAAAAGUUUUAAUCUGUCCAACUUAAUAAGCUUGAAGGUUUUUUUUCCCUCUGUCACUUGUCCUACUUCCUAAAAGCAACAAAGGCUCAUCUUAGACUGACUUUGCACUUGUCACCAUUUGAUUUUUUAUUUUUUUAAUUGACAACACACACAGAAGGCAGACACAUCAUGAGCUCAUCUGGGAUGAUGCACAGUCCCAGACUACUGUCAGCUCUGGAGUGAAGAAGCAUAGAGGAGUCGGUAUAAAAGGAUUACUGAGGGCUUUGUUUUCUUUUAGCAGGCACUGCAGUGACUCUUGUAAUCUAUGUUUGGCUGCAAGUUUGACAUGAGUAUUGCCUUUCUUGUCCUUGUGUGUAAUUUCAUUAUAAAGAAAGCAAAAGUGUUGGA